AUGAAAGCUGUGACGCAACUUGUGCCACAAUAUGCGCUCUUUUACUUGCUGCAAGCCUUGGAGCAAAACCAAUUGGAUCGAAGCCUUACUCUUUAUAGCGUCUUGUACGGUCUUAGUCUCAUUGCAGAAGUUUGGAUACGAGAGCUGGUGCAGUGGUUUACCAUGUCCCAAUUCCAAAUUCCUAUGCAAGCCGUGUUGAGCUCCCUCGUAUACCGCAAAACCUUAAAGUUACCAAACUUCAGCGAGGGUCAGCCCGAAGACAGGAGUUCUCAACAGCAGUCUCGCCAAGAUCCACCGAGCUUUACAAAGUCUAUUGACAAUCAUUUACAACUUGAUACUGGCAAAGUUUCGGCCGUCUGCAGCCAGAACAUACUGAUCCCCCUAUCAUUUAUCAAGUUAUUUUUCACGGUGAUGGCCUUGGCACAACUGAUUGGAUGGCAAGCUAUAACAUUAACCAUCAUCUGUACAAUUGUUACAACAGCGCUCAACUUCAAAAUCUCGGCAACCUACUCAAAGUCCUACCAUGGUUUGAUGAAGUAUCGAGACCAGAGGUCCAACUUGCUCUCGGAAGCACUGCAAGGUAUCCGUGAUAUACGUCUUGGAGUAUUUGAAUCCCAAUGGGAGAAUAGACUCCUGGAUAUUCGGCAAGGGGAGAUGGACCAGAUGCGGCGGAGCUCAGUUACCAUGUGCAUCGUCGUCGUCUUGGCCAAUAUCUGCCCCCUAAUACUAGGCAUUCUACCCAUUGCCCUUUAUUCAUACCGAACCGGGAGAUUGACAGCCUCAAUUGCGUUUACAUCCCUUGGAUUACUACAAAAGCUUCAAGCUGACCUUGCUGUACUGCCGUUGACAUGGUCAUAUCUCUUGGAGUGUUGGGCCAGUUGUGAGAGACUAGAAGCUUUCCUGAAGCUACCAGAGAAACAAGACGCCAUUGUGCCAUCGGAAUCCGUCGUUUUUAAAGAUGUGACGGUUUCAUGGCCAUCCAAAUCCUUUGGAGGCGCGCGGUCGUCAACCUUUUCCCUCAACAACUUGUCUUUACAGUUUCCGCGUGGUAAGCUGUCAAUUAUAGCCGGCGGAACCGGGUCGGGCAAGAACCUCGUGUUGAAUGCAAUUUUAGGCGAAGCAGACGUAGUGUCUGGCUCUAUUCAUGCACCUUGUAGCAAUGGUCAGGCCACUACCUUGCCCACAUCAUCUCCGGUUGCGGUUGUGUCUCAGCCGACAUGGCUAGAGCGUACGUCCCUCAUGGAGAACAUCUUAUUUGGCUGUUCGUAUGAUCCAGCGAGGUAUCUUGACGUUGUCAAAGCUUGUGCGUUGGACAAAGAUGUCCGAAAUUUGCCCAAUGGCGAUGCAACUGAUGUCGGCCCCAAGGGAACAUCAUUAAGCGGAGGGCAACGCUGGCGGGUGUGUUUGGCUAGAGCACUAUAUUCGAAAGCUAGCACUAUAUUAAUUGGAGAUAUUCUAUCAGCCAUCGACUCAUCGGUUCGAAAACAUGUCUUGGAACAGGCAUUGCUCGGCCAACUUGCACAGGGAAGGACGUUGAUCAUGGUCACCCAUCACGUUGCCAUGUGCCAGCCAUUUGCAAGUUUUGUUAUGCAUCUUUCAAAUCGACAGGCACUAGGCACCGAAACCGAGAAACUCGAAACCAGCAUGAAGCCAGUACAACCUGUCACAGCCCUUGAAGGCGGCGGGACUCAAAGUGGCUCUGACAAAAAUUCAGUCGGGAAUCAACCGACCGCGAGUGGCACCACCGCGCACCAACAGAAAUCGACUCUUGGUGGCCUUGCCGAAUAUUUGCGACAGGGCAGCCUAUCCAGUUGGUCAUGUGCAAUAAUCGUCAUUCUCCUAUCAGAGGCCGUGACACACAGCGGAGCGUGGUGGUUGAAACACUGGACCGAUGGCCUUGCCAUUGACUACGGGGACGGCACAGCUGCGCUUGUCGAUGACAGAAGCAGAAAACCCCACGGUUCAGGCAUGUAUUAUAUCGGGAUAUAUAUUCUGGUAUCGAUUGCUAGUGCCUUGAUGCUCGGCUUCAAGUCUUUUGCUCUGUAUAAUGUCAGUCACAAGGCUUCUCAAAAGAUGUUUCGCGGCAUGGUUCGUUCCAUCUUGCAGGCGCCUCUGCAUUGGAUUGAAACGUAUCCUCGCGGCGAGAUUCUCAAACGUUUCAGUUCAGACUUUAUCGUCGUCGAUAUGAGAAUAGCGAGCAAUAUUGGUGCCGAAAUUGAGCUCACCGCCAGACUCGUGUUUGUCAUGACGACUGGAAUGCUUAUAUCCCCAUACACCUGUGUUUGUGCUGUUGGGCUACUUGCGGCAUAUUGGCGAGUCUCACAAUAUUGCAUGCCCAUCGCACAACAACUACAACAGCUCAAUUCCACUCAACUGUCCCCGCUGUAUAGCCAGCUUCAUUCGACCUUGGCUUCAAACGGUCUGCUUGUAAUUAGAGCUUUUGGAAGAUCGGCCGAUUAUAUUCUUCACAUGGAUGCUCUUAUUGACGAUUCGUCCAGAGCAGCUUGGUACGACUGCCUCUGCUCGAGAUGGAUGGAACUGCGCGUCGGCAUCCUAGGCGUUGUUUUCGAAGCAAUGAUUGCACUUGGAGCUGCUUCAGGUCGCAUCAAUUCUGGAUCAGCUGGCUUUGCGUUGAUAGUGGCCAGGCAAUUCUCUGCAUCAAUGAGCUUGCUUAUAAAAAAAGCAGUCGUGAUUCAAAACGACGUCAAUGCUGCCCAUCGAAUCGCAGAAUAUAACGAGCUGCCAUCCGAAUUUAGAGCCGGCUGCGAGGCUCCUGACAAUUGGCCACAGACGGGUACAAUCAUCGUCGAGAAUUUUUCCACUGGAUAUCCAAAUCUUCCUCUGGUGCUGAAGAACAUUGACUUUGUUGUACAUUCAGGCCAGCGUGUCGGGAUUGUCGGCCGAACAGGCGCCGGAAAAUCCUCACUCUCACUCGCCCUAUUUCGAAUCCUUGAAAGUAGACAAGGAAGAAUUAUGGUUGAUGGCAUCGAUAUUUCUACCCUGAGAUUGGUAGAUGUUCGCCAACGCAUCUUUAUUGUUCCCCAGGAUCCAUUUCUCUUUAGCGGAACCGUACGAAGCAACCUCAACAUGUCGGGUGACCACUCUGACAAAACACUAAUCGAGACGUUGCGAGAACUUGGACUAGAUUUUCCGCUCAGCAUGUCUCUGGCUUCCGGCGGGUCCAACAUCUCACAAGGUCAGAGACAGCUCAUUUGCUUGGCAAGAGCAAUAUUGUCCAAACCCCGAAUUCUUGUGCUAGACGAAGCCACAAGCGCGGUGGAUAUAGCGACCGACACCAUCCUGCAGCAGAUUCUGAGGAAAGCCUUCUCAAAGUGCACAGUUAUAGUCAUUGCUCAUCGUCUGUCCACCGUUAUCGACUUUGACGAGCUUUUGGUGCUCGAUGGAGGUAGAAUCGUGGAAAGAGGACGGCCAAUCGACUUGUCUCGACAAAGUGGCCCCCUUAGAGAGUUGCUAGAGUAUAGUGUGGACAGGCUUGAGCUAUUUAUGCGCUUAGAGCGGAAAGAUCAAAGGCUUUUAUAA